ACAUGGGUGGGACAAAUCAACAAUGGGUCCUGACAUUAUUGGAUAGACUACUGUAAAUGCAUUUAAUUUUGCAGGAAUUUCGCAGUAGCGGAAAAAGGACUUUUUGUGUUGGUUUUAAGUUCGUGGUAGCACCAUGCACUGUGGUCUCUUACUGCCAUGGAAAAAUGUUUGCGGUGGUUUUAAGUUCGCGGUAAAGCUGCCACCGCAAAAAAAAACAAAACAACAUACAACCACCGCUGACAUUUUUGCAUUUACAGUAUCUGUUGGGAGAGUUCUUUCUAUGAAGUCGCAACUGGUUGAUCAUUUGUCUUGCCAAACCCGGAAACGGAGUUAAAGAUUACUUAGAUGUUUUCAGAAAAGAUUAGAUUUUUAGAUGAAUGAUAGAGGAGCGUUCAUUCCUGGAACUUCAAGAAGGUUUCUCCCAUUAAUUUGGCCAAGAUGACAUGUCUGUUACAUGUAUUAUACUUGCAUUGUACAACAAACACUUGCCCUAGCUACAUGUAUGUACCUGAUUAAUAUGUAUGUAUAUGUAUAUGUAUACAAGCACUACUUUUAGGAAUCAUGAGUAAGAAAGGUACAUAUUGUUAGCUUAAUGCAGAUGUGAUGAAAUUUGUGAAAAAAACGGUUUACAUAGCUGUUGUAUAAGUUAAUGCAUUCUAUAGUGUGAAUAAUUGUACUCUAUUCCGAGUAUUGAUAGCUGUGUAUUUCUUGGUGAAAAUUGGACUAGAACUUUGUUUCAUUAUGUUGGAGCCAGUAUGUAGAUGGUCAUCUUUUGAUUGAUUUUGUAAUUCUGCAUAUGAUUUUUUUACAGAUAUUAAUUUGCACAUUGUAAAGAAUAUAUGGAACUUGAUAAGUUAAGUGUAUGAAUGCAUCAGACAGUCUCAUAAUGCCUGUAAAAAUUCUCACAUUGUACAAAGAAAAAAGAUAGAUGACAAUCUGCUACAAAAUUGUCACUUUGCUACACAAGAAGUUCACGACCUUGGCUGACCUCUAUUGCUGCUUUCUGAUUGGUUGACAAGUGGUUGUGUGUUUUCUGUUACAAAAUGUGUCACUAACUAAGUGUGGUUAAAACAGAGCCUUUCAGAGCAUCUGUUCUGUAUGAAAUUUUAGGGAUCAAAAUUUGUGCAUAUUUUGUUUUCUUUCAAAUUUUCAUCCUCUCCUGUGCACUAGUAUUAGUAAUGUCCCCACAUUUUGCUAGGAAACAACCUUGUCGCUAUUUUAGGCCUGUUCCGAAUUGUCUGAUAUUUCAUUAUUAAUGAAUAUAAGUUAAUAUAAUAUCAAAUAGAUGUGGUAACAGGCAGUAGCUUACAAGACUAUAAGUACAGUAUGUUGUGACAGUAUGUGUUCAACCUCUGGUUAACAACUAUAUAUUAGCACACAUUGGAAAGUUAUACUGUGAUAACUAAAGGUACAUAUUAUAUUGUAACUUUUGUUUCGUCAGUGUUAACCAGCACGAGUUAGUAGUAAUUGAUGUAAGUCGAUAUUGACUUGUAGUGCUAUCUUGUGAUGCGCAUAGGGGGAGCCAUGUACCCAAGUUUGUAGAUUUGUUUGUACAGAAGAAAUAGUGUACAACAGUGAAACGUAUUAAUUCUUACAAUGUCACUGGCUCUUAGUAAUCACAACAAAAGUCGCUGUGUACACAAAAUUAAAGGGAAGGUCCAAGCAGAUGUUGGAAGAGAAAUUGUAACAUGCUGUAAAGUUAUCUACUUUCACAGUGGUUUUAUAUUUUCCUGGAGUUAAAAGUUGGGGAUGGAAGCAAUUCUGUAUAGUACAGUAGAAAUACAAAACAGGAAUUGCAGUUAUUUUACGGUACCGGUAAGGCUGUGUGGUUACCACUACAAUGAAACAAUUACAGUAUCUUGGUUGCAGCGCUGUUUUCCAUACAUGUAGGUCUAUGUGUCCAUAAGGAAAAAUAAUACAGCCUGAAUGAAUGUUACAAUUUCUCCAAAUAUCUGCUUAGAGAUCGUGUUAGGGAUAGGGAGCUAAAACGAUCGAGUUGAUUAUUUUUUUCACAGCAGAAUUGGAAAUAAAAUAUUAAAGAUAUACUGAAUGUAUGAUGCAAGGUUUGAAAUAAAAGUGUAAUGCUACUACUCUCGUUGAUUUCUGAGAAAUGAUGAAGAUUAAAACUAAUUAUUUUGCCAAUUUCUUGGAUUUUUAAUCCAUAGUAUAUAGACUUAAGAUAUCAAAGGUCACGAAUUAAAACACCAAGGCUGAAAAUAACCAAAUUGGGGUCCAAAAUUUCUAAUGAUUCGUUGGUGCAUUUGUACCAGACCAGAAACAAUUGGGUUUAUUUCUUUUGUCUAAGGCUAAUAGUCUAAUGAUAAUAAGUUUGUUUUAUCAAUUGGGAAUGUUUUUUUUACCAUCUUUAGUAAGAAUUUUGUGUUGGAGAUCAACGGCAAAAAUAGAAAGCUCUUGUAUCCCCCUCAUGAAAUUUGCUUUUUUUAAUAUGUUGAUUAAGUUAUGUCAUGCCAGGGUCCUCGUCGACACCCAAUGGACGAAAAUCAUGUUUUGAUCAAAGUUUUUUCUUAAUCUCAGUGGUAUUAAAUUGAGUUUUGUCAGCGUCUCUUUGCAUUUUGGUUAUUGUCCUAUCGUGCAUUUUUUUCUCAUCAACCUGUGGCCCCGUCAGUAGAAUGGCAUGGUCCAAAGUGGGUUUUCCCGUUGUGCAAGACCAAGAAGUGUGCUGGCACAACUCGCGAUUACAUUUAUGGCUGGUUUUAAUAUCAUGUCUCUUGUCUUUGGUGUUUCUUCAAAUCCUUACUCUGCCUUGGAAGAAUGCUGUUAUUCUGAUCUCAUUGUCAUGUCGGAGGAUCAGUUUUCAAAACUGCAGUGUUUUAAUAUUACUUGCUGUCUUCCGUAAUCAAAUGUGGUUUGACCGGUUGUCUGUGCAUGUAAAAAAGAAGCGCUAACAAUAUGGAGACUCCGUCCCGGCCUAUGUCAUUCUUUAUGUUGACCGUUCUCUUCACGUUAUCGGUGAUUCUCUACUACUACUUCGUAACUUUUGACAUACCAACAUUGACAAGCUACAGUGUAAAUGCAGUACAGAACAGAAUCCAGCUGAGACAGACGGUCUCAGACUUCCACAUACGAGCCAACACUACAAGGGCUCCUAGAGUGACGAAACAUUUCCAGUCAACAAGGAAGAAUGAGAACUUGAAGAAAAAUCUCACAAGGGCUCCAAAAGUGACGAAACAUUUCCAGCCACCAAAAAGGAAAAAGUUAGAUGCGAUUCUGAAAAAGAAUCUCACAAGACUCGACCAAUCAUUGCAGAAACUGAGAACUUUUGACAACUUUGCAUAUUUCUCCGAAUACAAAAACCGCAAAAAGUGUAAAAAGCGGAAAGACUGUCCAACAGAAACACCGGUGCUUCACUACCGCACAUGCGCAAUCGUCGGCAAUGGCGGGAUUCUUCUCAACAGCAGCUGUGGGAACGAGAUCGACAGUCAUGAUUACGUCAUCAGAAUGAAUAUGGCCGACAUAAGAGGUUACGAGCAGGACGUUGGACUAAAAUCAAACCUAUCCUUCAUCAAUUGGAAGAGGGUUAAAGAGCUAGGAGAUGAGCUGUCAUCCAACGACACGAGAGAAGAAGUUCUUCAACAUCUGGUCUUACUGAACGGAAGCGUCUUCAGCUAUGUCAAGUUAAAGACAGGCGCCGCUAUCCGAGCUCUGGAGGCGCUACAGGCGCUUUUGAAGGAAUACAAGCUGAAUAUCACUAUGACGUACUCUCGGAGUAAUGUUCCAGUGGUGUUCACAAAGCCACUACGUGACACUUUUAUUCCUGGCUUGAAGUCUCCAACAUCCGGGCUAAUCGCCUACAUCCUGGCAACUAGAUUCUGUGACGUCAUCACCCUGUACGGUUUCUACCCGUUCGACACGGAUUCGCGCAACAGGAAGCUGUUUUAUCACUACUAUGAUAACAUUACGGUUGCAAAGAAACGCAGAAGUCGCCAUAACUUUGGCAUUGAGCAUGACUUCUUUAGAUUACUGCAUCAGAAUGGACUCGUCCGACUGGUAUCAGACAUUUGUGAAUGAGAUUUCGAGUAGUACUAGUGUCCACGAGACACUGACCACACUGGUGUAGACGAGUACCUGACGUCAGUUAACCGACUUGAAGGCGAAGGGGGGAUGGAAUUCAAAGGGACCCCGCCGUUCAAAACCAUGUCCAAGUGUGGAUAGCAACCAAUACAAAUGUCUCUACGGCAUCAACACGUGAAUGAUCAUAGAUAACUUUAUUGCACAACAAUUGUACGAGGUACAAAGUAUGGCAUCUACAUAACUAC